AUGGACGAGGAUGAUUCUCUCAAUGCCCUCAGCCAAACAGCCUCAUCUAGUGGUACUCCCUCUCGAAUUGUUUUGAACAAAGAAUAUCUGAAGCGAGGUCAAAAUAAAAAAGGAUAUAUUUAUGGACUAGGCAGUGUUCAAUACCGGGAUAUCAAUCCAUCCCAGAAAGUGGCUACAACUAUGUCUCACAACCUUGACAAUGAGAUGCGCAUGAAUGGUUUGGAAAAAAAUAAUCAUGCGCUCAAGAAACACAAUGAGGCCCUCAAGGAAGACAUGGUGGUGUUGAAGACUGGUUGGGUUGGUUCUCCUGCACGUCGUGAUGGUUCUCUUGCAGGGACUGCUGCACGUCGUGAUGGCUCUUUUGCUCUUGUUGCGGGUCGUGAUGGUUCUCCUGCUCCUGAUGCAUUAAUACAUUUUAAAUAUUAA